AUGCUGCCUGCUGCCCCUCUGCGUCCCGGUGCGGCCCCGGCCCCCUCGCCCUCCCCGCCGGGGUCUCGGGGCCGCUUGCAGGCGUCGGCAGCCGAGCCGAGUCGGGGCGGCGGGGCGCGCGGCGCUGAUUGGCAGAGCGGGCGCCGCCGUCCAGGAAACGGCUCGGGUUUCAGCGGGGGCGUGACCCGCCGGGAGGGGGCGGCGGCGGCGGCGGCUGCAGCGGAGAACGCCGCGGAGAGCCGAGCGGGCGGGCAAGCAAAGGAGCGAGCGCGGCCGCCACAAAGCUCGGGCGCCGCGGGGUCUGCGCGCGGCGUAGCUGGCCCGGCGCGGCGACUCCUUUCCAGGCUGGCGGGGCCCGGGCGCCCCGAGGCCGCGGCUUUCCUCCGCGCUCCAAGCGUUCGCAAGUUGCGAGCGAAGUUUGGUGGAGGAAACGCCAAGCCCGACUCCUUUCUUCCUCCCGCUCCCCAAAUCCGAGCGCAGCCCGCGGGCGUCAUGCCCGCGCGCCUCCGCAGCCUGGGGUGCGCGUGA